AUUCUCCGACAAUUUUAGCGGUCUCGAGCAGUUCUGAUCCAGAAAUGGAUUAGCACUCACGCAUGCUCCUUGAUUUAGACACGUCUAUUAAGACUUGACUUAAUAUCGAUACUACCAUUCCGUAUAAUAUUAUUGGUUAGCAUUUUGUGUUUGGUGUGUGAUUUCUUUUAUUUGAGUGGCGCAAAGAUGCACAAACUGUUUCGGCAGUGUCGAAGCCUUUCGGGGAUCAGUUGGAAAGAGCGAGCUAGAAAUAUGGGAUGUAACUAAUUGGGGUGUGUUUGCGCUGCAGAUAAAUUUCAGGUUCCAUUCCGAUUCUACCGGGACGGAUUCUUCUCCCCGAGCUACCUCCGUUUACCGUGAAAUAUGAGGAAACAACGGAUUAUCAUUGGGCAGUGGUUAGCGCUGAAAACACCAAUGUUUUGGUGGGUCGUGCUGGACAAGUCAUCCCUGAGGGGCCUCAAAUUGGCAAAGGUCCUUGGGGAUUCGAGGAGGCCACCAAGAUAACCAAUGAUGAGUGCUUGAUCAAAUCAAGCUUUGACAAGCCAAGGGAUCAUUGCAUCAAGCAUCCCGCAAACUGCACCAAGGGCCUCUCUUUCUCCAUAUGGGAGAAGGUCUCCUAUAAAGAGGAGGUGCUCAACGUACAUCGAACCCAUGACAAACACUACAUUCUGAGCACAGGUGGGGAUUAUGAUUUGACCACGAAAAAGUCCUACCCGGGAUUCGCUCUGUAUCAUCAAGGCAUGGAUCUGGUGGCGGUGUUGAGCACGGGUGUUGACGUUUGGGAGCUUCGAGUCAAGGGACAAUUGGAAAACGAAACUUGGAGCAACAUCGGCGUUCGAUGGGAAGUUCAUAGCAAUGAUCCCACCUUACCCUACUCAGAGCGAGGGGGGCUGGAACUGUUUGUGAAUGCCAUGAAGGUGGGACAUUCCGUUCUACCCAUGGAGAGGCCAGGUGUGAAUGAGACCGCCAACGAUCUUGGUUCUUGGGCGGAGGGUAGAGUCUUGACCCCAGAUGGAACAUGGAAGGGAGGACCCAUGGACGCACCAAUUAUCCUCAUUGGAUGUCAUCGAAAUUCAGACGAUUUGACUUUCCGCUACUUCCGGGGUCAAUCCGUGGCUUUUGAUGAGUUAUCGAUUUGGACCCGCAAGUUGGAAAUCAACCGCACUCACGAUGAAUCAUUGUACUUCUUGGGAGGCUACAUGGCUCAGUUCGAAGAUGUGUCGUCCGAGGAAUGGUUUGAGAUGAUGGACAAAGUCGACCUGGAAGUUCCCUCUCAGGCUGCUGCGGCCGGAUUCGUGGUGGAAAAAUAUGCUACGGAGAACAGUUCCCUAGAGACCGGAGCUUUGAACGCUGACAACUUGACUGAUUGGACGACCAGCAUAUCUUUUGAAUCCAAUUUCCCAAGGACCUUGCAACAGAAAAAGGACUUUAUUGCACAAAAGAAGGCUUUCAGCGUGAGCGCCAAACUCAUUGGCAAAGCUAAUGUGAAGAUCAAUGAACGGGCCAAAUAUCUAUCCAGACGAUUUACCAUUUUGCCGGUGGUGAGUUCGCCUUUGACGGAUUCGCAACAAAACGUGGACGGCUGGAAAUCGGUUCAACUGGAUCCGAGCGAAGAGGGAUCUUCCCGCUUAGUCAGAGCAAUGGAUAACUUUGUUCUAACCUUCAUGGGAAGUGCAAACAUUGAUCACGAUGAGGACUAUCCACCGUUUUACGACUACGAACUCUCCGAUAUGACCAUUCACUCGAAGGCUCCGGGCUACACUAUGUCGGCUAGUAAAAUCAAGCCGAAUAAGUUUCAGAAAUACGGCGACCGUUUGCAGAUCAACGGCUUCUACACCUCGCACCCCGUUUAUCCCGAUCCUUUGUGGAACGAAGUGGAUGAAACGAUUGAAAUCCCGACGAAAAUACCCUUCGUCAACCAAACCUAUUGCGAAGAGAAGCCUUUCACCUUACUGACAACUGUCUAUCACGGUUACGGCAAAAUGGCACCAUUGCGAAGAAACCCAGGAACUGUUACUCCAAAGGCAUUUAAGAUAGACUCGAAACCUAUCUCUGUGAAGAUUCGAGUGAACCCAGACCCAAACACGGAUAAUAUGACCAAACGAUUCGAUACAGAUUGUGCCAUCGACGAGGAUGCCAUGAAAUACUCUCCGGUGAAGCUGCGAUUCUACCACACCGAUUUCAUGACCUCCAAACGCAAACUUCUCUGGUUUGACAACGAGCUCAAAACAAACAUUGAACUUCGACGGUGCGUUGUGUAUAACGAGAAAUUUGGAAUCUACGGAGGUUGGGACGCCAGCCAAUGUACAACGGUCAUCACCGAGCAAUCCUCGACGGUGUGCGAAUGCGGCACUUUUGGAACCUUUGCUUUGAUUGCGGAAAUGGUCGAAGAUCCAUUCGUGGAGGCCGAAGACAAUUGGUUGGUUGUCAUGAAGUACAUUGGUUACACGACUUCGAUUGUCUUCUUCUUGAUUUUCAUCAUUGUGGUGAUACUCUCGAGCCGGCUGUGGGACAUGUUCCAUUUGAUGCGAUUGAAUGCAGCCAUCUGCAUGCUCUUAGCUCAUAUUUCGAUGUUCCUGGCCGAGAUCCCUGAGAUCCGAGAGGAUCGAAAGUUGAAUGUGAUCUUUUCCAUUCUUCAACAAUAUUGGAUCUUGGCAUCCGGUGGAUUCCUUUGCUCUGAGACCCUGGCCACUUUCCAAGCGGUCACAGCCGGAAUCAUUGGUGGUAAACUCAUGAGCUACGUCCCCAUCGUCUAUGGCUUGCCCUUCAUUAACAUCGGGACCACUAUCUAUAUCUACGCUGACGAUUAUGGUCGUGAUCCCAGGGCCUUCAUCGGUUGGGAAAAUGAAACCAAAUGGGUAUUCUUUUACCUGCAGUGGCCAUUGAACAUUGUGGCCGCGUUCUUGAGUUUGGUGCUACUCAUCAAUUUGGCAACUCCCCAAACUAGAAAAGACAGCGUGAUGGAAACACUGACGGUCCAAGCUCAAGGGUUAGCCGUAACCGUGUUCAUCUACGCAGCCACUUGGGGAUUUGCCUAUCCCGCAUUCAUGCAUUUCCCAGAUAAGGAAUGGGCAAAUUUCUACCCCAUUUUUGCGCUCCUGAACUCAUGGCUCGGGCUCUUCUUCUUUUCGUUCAUGGGGAUUGGGUCAAAUAAAUUUCGGCGUAAUCUCAUGGGACAGUACAAGCAGAAGAGCGCUCUUAUGGUGGGGUACAUGGUCCCCGAUAAAGAAGAUGAGUUCGACGUCAUGGAUGAAACGGAGCACACAGACGGUGGACAGGAGAGUCCAAGUUCGGACGACAUUGAACCGGGAGAUGGCAGCCGAACUCUAGCGGCGCUUCUCCAGUUACCAAGUGAUAUCGACGAUAUUCCAGAUGGCGAUUAUGGCGAUGGUGGCGGCGAUGGCAAUGAUGGUGGCGAUGGCGAAUAGGGGAGUGUUCAAACCUUUCGCAACCGGCAAACGAUUAUCCAACAAAAUAAGACAAGGAAUGACCUGCUGUCCCUUUUCUUUAGCAUGAAAUAAAGUACAAGCAUUGAAAACAUA